CAGCUGAUCGUCCCGGCGCCGAGCUGCGGCGCGGAGCGGAGCGGGCCGCCCUUUGUUGUAUGGGGGUGUCGGGCUGACGGCACGGAGCGCGGCCCGUGCUGCCGCCGCCGCCUCCCGCCGCCCCAUGAGCGCCGUCGCCGCGGGGCCGGCCCCGGCCGAGGGCCCCGCCGUGCCGUACGCGGUGCAGCUGGGGCUGACGGUGCUGCACACGGCGCUGUACGCCGCGCUGUUCCUGUUCGCCUACCUGCAGCUCUGGCUGCUGCUCUACUACCGCGAGCGGCGGCUGAGCUACCACACGCUCUGCCUGUUCCUCUGCCUGCUCUGGGCCGCGCUCAGGACCACGCUGUUCUCCUUCUACCUGCAGAACUCGCUGCAGGCCCUGCGCCUCCAGCAGCCCUUCGCACACUGGCUGCUGUACUGCCUACCCGGCUGCCUGCUCUUCGCCAGCCUCUGCCUCCUCAACCUCUACUUCGCCGAGGUUAUAUUCAAAGUGAAAUGUGCAGCUGAUUUCAACAAGUACAAGGUUCUAUUGUAUCUGGGUUCCGUACUUACCAGCCUCCUCUUCCUCGUUGUGAACUUGACAUGUGCAAUGCUCAUCCACAGCGAAGUCCCAGAGAACCAGCUGAGGCAGACAGUCCUUGCCCGUGCUUUAGUCAAUGACAGCCUCUUCAUCCUCUGUGCCAUCUCGCUGGCUUGCUGCAUGUGCAAACUGGGAAAGAUGUCUUCAGCGAAUGUCUACCUCGAGUCUAAGGGAACAUCUGUCUGCCAAGCUAUUCUCGUGGGAUCUGUGGUUGCUCUUCUGUAUUCCUCAAGGGCUUGCUAUAACCUGGUAGCUGUGGCCAUAUCUCCAGACAAUGUUCCUGGCCCAUUUAACUAUGGCUGGGACAACCUUUCAGACAAGGUGCACGUGGAAGUGAGCAGUGAAGAAUACGUGGUGUUUGGAGUGGUCCUUUUCCUCUGGGAGCUGGUGCCAACAACUUUUGUGGUGCUGUUCUUCCGGGCUCAGAGGCUGAGUCAAAAUUUGACUCCAGCAGGGAUGGUCAACAGUCACAGCUACAGCUCCAGAGCCUACUUCUUUGACAAUCCAAGGCGCUAUGACAGUGAUGAUGACUUGUCACGGCUUGGGGCCAGAGAAGGGGGCUUGGCCACCCCUCAGUGCUCGGGCUGCUAUGGGUCUCUGGCUGGGAACGACAGCUACCCAGCAGGUCCCCCUCCCAGUGGAGCUGCUACCGACAGUGCCCCGUUGCUCUCUGCUGCAGGCGGCUCAGAGCUGAGCAACCACCACAGCUCACACCCUGCGGCGCAGAACUGAAGAGGCUGCGGGGUCCCUUUUCUCCCAGAAGUGGCAUUGAUGUAUAGGAUUGUAACCUGGUUUUCUUUCCCUCUUCCCUGAAGCAUCUAACUCAUGACACAAACAUUCCACUACCUGCUGCAGCCGUAAGCAGGACGGAGCCUAUGGCUGCAGGCGGUAAGCGAGAGAACUGUGACUUUAAGGUACCAUGUAGCAAAGUGAAGCUGAACUCUCUGGAAGCUUUUUCUUGGUCUGGUCUUCAAGAUGUUGGCAGCUAAAUGCACCAGAGCUUCCUCACUAGAAAAGAAACAUCAAAUGCAUAUUUGCACUUUUAUCUGCACACUUGGAAGGAAUGAAUCUUGCUCGGACUGCGUUUGGUCUGAGACUGUUCUAGUUACUCUUUUAAUUGCACAUCCAUAGCUGGGAGAGGCACUGUCUUCCUGCAAAGAUGUAUUCCGUGAAGUACUCUGCAUCCUGACUCACGUGGGAGUGUGAAGCUGGGCUAACAGUGUUAUGGGCAGGGCCUCCUGCAGUGUGUUAAUGUGCCAUAUUCACACCCUGUGGGGCUGCUGCCUCUGGGCUGACUGCUGCUCCUUCCACCUGGAUGCUGAACCAUCCUGCCUGGGUCUGUGGGCUUGAAGCUGAGCUCAAAGCAUAUCCGUAGCAAAGAGCUGUAAUGGUGAGAUCGAGUGCUCCUCCUGGUGUUAAGCUAGAGGGUUGGUUACAUGUGGUGAUCUUAUGGCUGGGCAGGGGGCUGGGCUGGAGUGAAGGGAGGGGGGUGAGCUUCUGCAGGCUGCUUUCUUUUGGGAAAGAAAGGAACACGUGUGGUCCACAGCACAUGUAAAACUAGAGCUGCUUUCCCAGUGUGGGGCCUCCCCUGUUGCCCCUCAGUACUAAGUUGUAUUUAGUAGAGGACAAGAUCUUAAGCUGACCAAAUGUGAACCAGCAGAGUCACUUUGGAGGUGUGGGAUGCCUCUGGUGGUGGUGGCAGCUCCUGCAGUGGUGAAGCAGAGACAUCUCUGCAGCCAUCUGGGCUCAUUUCCUUCCUCCUGCCUCUCUCCCUGGAGCAGGCUGGGGACCUGGAGUCCUGCAGCAGCUGUGGAGGCUUAGCAGGGAUUGCAGGGUUUGAGUGUGCUGGGUCAGGUGAGGAGAUCUCUAUCGCUUUCCAGGAGUCUGUCCCUCUCUUGAACUGGAAUGGCCAAAUUUGUCUCGGUUUGCAGCUCUGGGCCCAUGAAGAUGAGGCUGUUUUAGGCUGGUUGUUCCUCCCAGCGUGUCUCUGAGCCUGCUGUGGGAUGAGCAAAGCAGCUUUGGAGCUGUGCUUGGUGGGGGUGCUGGUCUUAGGCAAGCAGCUGCUCUGACCUCUGGUGAAAACUUGAACUGGAACUGCUUUUAACCUACUGGAAGCUGCUCAAACACCCCCCUGACACUGGGAGAGCUGGGUGGAUGGAGGCUGUGCAUCUGUGUGGAGCACAGUGCUGCCUGGCUCUGCCUGAGGGGCACUGGGGGGUCACUGGGUGCUGCAGGCCCCAAGCAGCUUGUGUUCCUAUGGCAGUGUGUUGGCAGCCCUGGCCUCUCCUCCAGCCUUGCCCUGGGCUGGCAGACACCCCAUCACCCACCUUAUUGCAUUGAGCUGACAUCACUCGUUGCACUGAGAACCCCUUGCUGUGGUCCCUGUGCUGCUGUGUGGGCCCCUGUGCAAAGCUGCUUCACUCUUAGUGGCCCAGAGAAAGAGCAACCUCUGCUGCUGUUGGGAGCGGGGUUUGAGAGCGCAGCUCCUGGCACAUCCUGCUCCUUUUGUACUUGAACCAGAGAUCUUCACCUUGGCUGCCACAGCUCCCUGCUGUCAGACCCUCCCUGCACCAUCAGGUUGCUCUGUCUCAGUCACUGCUUGGCUGGGCCCAGCCCGUCCUGUCCUUUCUUCUGCCAUAAGUCACCAAAGAGGAGGAGUGCUGCUGGUGGCCCCCAGUUCCUGCUUAAAUCCCAAAGCACUUGGAGCACUUUACGUUUUUCUGGGGAGGGAAGGGAGUGUAGUGCAAAAAAAAAAAAAGAAUAAACCUAACAAACUCAAGGGCUACGGGCUCACCGUUCUAUUGCACUGAAGCACACAGCCAGGCCAUCCUGCUGGGGCGGCAGCUCUCCUUGCUGAGGUACUUUGAGUGACUGUGGCUGCACUGCUGGGCUGCCUCGUGUUGUACGGAGGGAGUUUAGAGCUGAGAAGUACAAUGACUUUUUUAAUGCGUAGUUGCCUUUCAUUGGACUUCUUUCUUUCUUUUUUUUUUUUGGUGUUCUUUAACAGUGUUUUUGGCUUUGCCGGCCGGCAGCUGCUGGCUGCAACAGGAAGCUGUGGCCAAUGAAUGUACCUAUUUCUCCUCCACUAAACUGUAACCAAGCACUACUAUUGAAAUAAAGAAGACUUGCAGCUCUGC